GUCGAUGACGUCACCAUACGCCGUCAUACCGGAAGAGCGCUCAUUGUUUUGGCGUUUCCUCGUCUACAUCAGUGAAGUCUCGCCGAUAUAAAAACAAACAUCAGACAGGUGUGUUUCAUCAUGACUCACUGGUUCCACAGAAACCCUUUAAAAGCCACAGCGCCCGCAUCCUUCAAUCUGUAUGGGGUGGCGUCCAGCCCGUCUGCCAAUAAGAUCUGCAAUGACUUGAGAACGGCUCGGGUGAGACUGCUCGACAUGUUCACAGACUCCACGUGCACCCCAGAGGUUAUGAAGAAAGUCAGCGAUGAUUAUUUCUCGCUCUUACAGGGCUUUAUUUUGCCACUGGACGGCACCACACAAGAGAGCAAGCUUCGCUUCAUUCACAACUUCAAAUGGACGGACACUUUACAGGGAAACAUCGGCAGUGCCCAGCAGGACGCAGUGUUUGAGUUGGUGUCUAUGGCCUUUAAUGUGGCCAUCUGGUACACGAAGUUCGCCUCGCGACUGUCUGGAAAAGAGAACAUCACAGAGGAGGAGGCCAAAGACGUUCACAGGAGUUUGAAAAUCGCCGCCGGUACAUUUAAAACCCUUAAGGAGUCUCAUAUUCCUCGUCUCAUCACUCCAGCAGAGAAGGGUCGAGAUCUGGAGGCCAGAGUCAUUGACACGUACAUCAUUCAGAGUCAAGCAGAAGCACAGGAGGUGACUAUAGCCAGAGCCAUCGAGCUGAAGCACAACGCCUCUCUCAUAGCAGCGCUGGCUUACGAGACGGCUAACUUCUACCAAAAGGCGGAUCACACUUUGAACACGCUGGAUCCUGAGUGCAGCGCUAAAUGGAGGAAAUACCUGCAGCUCAAACAGGAUUUCUACAUGGCUUAUGCGCACUGCUAUCAUGGACAGACUCUUCUGGCUGCUGAUAAGUGUGGAGAGGCCAUCCGGUCCCUGCAGGAGGCUGAGAAAUAUUAUUCCCGAGCGGAAGCGUUGUGUAAGGAAUACCGUCAGACGAAAGGCCCGGGCAGCACGGCCAAACCCUCGGAGCAGCUUUUCUUCCUGAAGCUGGGAGCUCUGAUCAAAAACACCCUGGAGAAAUGCCAGAGAGAAAACGGCUUCAUUUACUUUCAUAAAGUCCCCGCAGAAGCUCCGGCUCUGGAGUUAAAGGCCAGUUAUGGUUUGGCUGAACCGACUCCAUUUGAACUCCCGGCACUGAGCGCUCAGUGUACACCUGAAGUCUACGCCACCUUUGACCUCACCAAAGGACCUAAAGACGACAAGGCUAAAGCCAAACAUGAUGAGGAGAUAAAACCAGUGAAAGAGCCGGAUGUCAAACCACAGAAAGACACGGGCUGUGUGAUCUCCUAAACUUCAACACGUGCAUGUAUAAGAUAUGUCGAGGGAAGUCUGAUCCCUUUGCCUUUAUAGUAAUCUUCAGUACAGUUACUCUGUCCUAGUGUAAUUCUACUUAAAUCCAUAACAUUAUAAAAAUAUAUAGUUAGUCUCUGUUCAAUAAAAACAGUUGUAAAAAAAUGAAGUAAUCACUAAUCAGAUCGUAAUAAUCCUGAAUUCAUUUGAUUUGCACUUGAUUCACUUUCUGUGGAGUUCUACAGAUCAUGUUGAGGUUUUUUGUUUAUUACCGUAAGUGUAAAUGAACUACAUUAAUGUGAUGUCCAUAAAGCAACAUUUUAUGGUAUUGAAUGCCAAUAGUAAAACUAAUAUGAUCUGAAGCAAACAAAGAUAAACAAAUGUGGUUACAUGUUGAAUCUAACAAAGACAUUUCCUGGAAAGUCCUGUGAGACGGUAAUGAAGAGAAUGCAGUAAUGUGCUUCUGUUGACUUUUUGUGACCCGGACAUCCUUUGCGACAUUCACUCGUAGAACAAAAGCAGUUAUUAUCAAAAUACAGCAACAGAUAAUGCAUUAGUGUCAUUCUCUUUUGAAAAUACUAUAUAAUAUUAUUAGAAUACGGCGACGUUGGAAAUAAGCGUAUUGUGAACAAAAUCUGCAGAUUUCCAUCAGAAUGCAAUGAAAUUCAGAUUUGUCGUGCUCAGAGGAGCUCAUGGGAAUAACCCGAGAUCAGACUCCUGCGAUGCACAAAACAUGUCAGUGUUUGACACCUGGUAAUGUUUAGUGAAACGCCAACUUAUAAGAUGUUAUCCAAUCAAAAAUCUCUAAAUGUCAGCUUUUUUUGUGUGUAUAUAUUUAAAAUCUUUUUCUUGAAACAUUGAAGGGUUGUUAUGAUGGUUGUGCUGUAAAUACUUCAAAAGUGUUGUGUCGUAUAGAAUUAAUAUUAGUCGUUUAUUAUUUUCACGUUAGAGACGACAAGUAAAUAAGCAGAGAUACAAAAGUAAUGAUGCUGAAUGUAAAUGCUUGAAUGAUGAAAUUCAAUUAGAUUUACAACAUUUUAUAACAGUUAAUGCUUGUCAUUGGUAGUUUCAGCCCCUGCUGCAAUUCAGACACUACAUCUGUUUGUUUUGAAAUAACAUGAAAUAUUCACAUUAUAUUUUUCAUUGUGUAGUUUUGUAUAUGUUCUGACUGCUCUUAGCUGGGACACUUGAAGGAGAAUGCUUUAUAUUUAUUUCUCACACUUCUGUAGACAACAAGACUUUAUUCAGCUGUCUAAAAUGGCACUCCAGGAUUUGUGUUUUUUAUAAUUCAUUCAUUUUUUCUCUAAUCUCUGCAGUAUGGAUAUGUAUUUAUCAAAUAUACUCACACGUUAUGACCUUAAUCUGUAGUUUACUGUCACAUUUACAUUUUUUUCUGAUUAAAACGUGUGUCAACACUG